AUGUCGUCCAGUGCAGGACAGAACCCAGCUCCUUCAAAAGCGGUGAAUGUUUCGAAUACCUCAGCUUCGUCUGCGACAUUCCACUCGACACCUCCGGUCGACAGCAGCUCUCAACGGCGUGUAGGAGCUUCGGGAAGCUUUGGUGCAGGAUUAUCAUCGAGGAGCUCGCCCACCGCCAGAAAUAAUCAGGCGCGGAAGAGUCAGCACAAACGACAGAGGAAGCCGAGGUUGUUGGACGAUGACGAGUACAGCGAAUCGGGCUCUCAGGCCGUCAUGAAGUCGACAACCAGCCGCAAGGGACAGACGUCCAUCACCCACCUCAUGAACUUUUCUCUCCCACCUCGCCCGCAGUAUCAGCCCCCACCUCGCAAUUACCGACGCUAUGCAACAUGGGGUGCCGGCUCUGGCUACCAUGCAAUAGACAAGGCACACUAUGUUCACGCUAACUACCGCUUUAUCGUGGCUCCGAAUCAGAAUUACCAUGCACAGGCAGCCAAUGCCGAUGUCCACCUGGACUGGGCUUCGGUUCUUCAGGUAUUGGUCUCUGCUCAGACCCAAGCUGCCAGUUGCCCGAUUUGUCUGUCUACUCCAGUUGCGCCACGAAUGGCGAGGUGCGGCCACAUAUUCUGCCUGCCAUGUCUCAUUCGAUAUAUGCACUCGUCAGACGAUGACAAACCAGUUCCCGAGAAGAAGCCUCGAUGGAAGAAAUGCCCAAUAUGCUGGGACUCGAUCUAUAUCUCAGAGACUCGACCUGUUCGGUGGUUCCGCGGUCAGGAGGGCGACCUCCCCAUUGAAGGCGGGGAUGUAGUGUUGAGGCUGGUGAAACGAGAGCCGGGCAGCACUCUUGCGCUUCCCCGCGAUGGUGCCGAGACUCUUGGUCCCAAUCAAGAUAUUCCGUGGUAUCAUGUUGCGGAAGUUGCCGACUAUUCUCGGAUGAUGAAAGGAGGCGAAGACUACAUGACCGCUCAGUACGAUUGUGAAAUCGAGGACCUUCGCAAUCAGGAAGCCGAAGAUGAGCUCUUAUUCGGCGAUGAGAACACCUGGACACAAAAAGCCAUUGGUAUUAUUACGGAUGCGAAAGAAAAGUCGAAAGGCAUCGGUAACCCGCCAGAUGUCUCGCGACAACCCGCUGCCACAAAUCCCGUCAAGGAACAGACUCACGAACCCGGUGAUUCAGCACAAUGUGCUGCCUCCUCCGCCAAUACUUCUUCUGCGGAGCCGGUCCCUUCCUCGGCCGUCGAUGCGCCAAAUCAGGUCCGAGAAGUCUCUUCGACCCUAGCCACGUAUGACGAGGUGGACCAUCUCUCUGAGGCCGUGAGUAAGAUUCAUGUGGACUCUGACUCCAACACCAGAUCCAGACACAAGACUUGGAGCAAGGAAGCGCAGUCCUCCCAAGUAUCAGACCAGCCAUACUAUUUCUAUCAGGCCUUGCCUCAAUUCUACCUUUCGCCUCUAGACAUUCGCAUUCUCAAGGCUGCGUUUGGCGAAUAUAGUCUAUUUCCUGCGACUAUUCUACCUCGGGUGGAACAUAUUUCCACCGGGCAUAUUGUUGACGACGAGCUCCGCAAACGAGUCAAGUACCUCGGGCAUCUUCCGCAGGGGUGUGAGGUCAAUUUCUUGGAGUGUGAUUGGAGGGAUGUGGUUGUCCCAGAAGUCCUAAGGCAUUUCCGCGCCGAGAUCGACAAGAGACGGAAACGCAACCGGGAGAAAGAGGCUCGCGAGGAAAAAGAUCGCAUCCGUGCGGAGAAAAAGGAGGAUGAUGAACGGUGGGCUGCUGCUCGGCGCAAGCGACCCAGCGUUGGGAAUGCUAGCGAGGCCCCGUUCUCUGCCCAUGAUUUUCAACCGCUGCCCAACAAUGCCGACUCAUCAGUAUUUGACUCUGGCACCUCUUCGGCCUCUCCACCGCGCCCAUCCUCCCAGUUUGGAGCAUUAGCGUCACCCUCUACCAGCCCUCCAGGUUCCCGUACAGUCUGGGGAACCACGGUGGUGCCGUCUCUUUCGCCGACCUUGGAGGCCCAGCGCCCCAGUGAUGGGUGGCGACAAGAUUGGGAGGAGGAGCUCCUUGCCCAGCGGGAGUCUGAACUGAUUGCACAAACUGCUGCUGAAGGACCUACUCCUGGUCCAUCAGCCAGCGCUGGAAAGAAAAAGAAGAAAAACAAGAUUACAUUGAUGUCUACUAAUAGUCAGAGAGGAGCAUGA